GCGGAAGGCGGGCGGUGCGGGGCGCGGGGCCGGAAGAUGGCAGAGCCGGAGACGCAGCUGCUGCUGGGCGUGGGGCUGAUCGAAAAAGACAGCAACGGAGAUGCUUUGUGGGUUUGGUGUUAUCCGUCUGUGACGGCUGAGCUGAGGGCUCUGUUGCUGCGGAAAUGCUGCCUUACGGAUGAGAGUAAACUGCUUCAUACCUUUGUGUUCGGCCAGUACAAGAGGACGUGGUUCUACAUCACCACGGUGGAAGUUCAAGACUCUCCAGCCUUGAAGAAGGUGACCCACUUCUCCAUUGUUCUGACGGCCAAAGACUUCAACCCAGAGAAGUAUGCAGCUUUCACUCGGAUACUCUGUAGAAUCUACUUGAAGUAUGGAAGUCCUGUGAAAAUGAUGGAGAGUUACAUUGCAGUCCUCACAAAGGGGGUCUGCCAAAGUGAAGAAAAUGGAUCCUUCCUCAGCAAAGACUUCGAUGCUCGGAAGGCUUACCUUGCUGGUUCCAUUAAAGAUAUAGUAUCUCAGUUUGGGAUGGAAACAGUUAUCUUAUAUACAGCACUGAUGUUAAAGAAGAGAAUUGUGGUGUACCAUCCUAGGAUAGAAGCCAUCCAGGAAUUUACCAGGACUUUGCCUGCUUUAGUGUGGCAUCGGCAGGACUGGUCAAUUCUUCAUUCCUAUGUACAUCUAAAUGAAGAGGAAGUGGAAGCCUUGAAAGCCUGCACAGGUUACAUUGCUGGAUUUACAGAUUCUGAAGUGAACAGUAGACCAGACCUCUAUGAUGUGUAUGUGAAUUUGGCAGACAGUGAGAUCACCAUUUCCCCUGUAGUAAAAGAGGCAAUGACAAUGGGAAAACUUCACAAAGAAAUUGGGCAGCUAAUUGUUCAAUCUGCAGAAGAUCCAGACAAAUCAGACAGCCAAGUCAUUAAGGAUAUUUCUCUGAAGACAAAAGAAAUCUUGUCUACUUUAGCCUCACUUACUGAAGUUUCUGAUGGCAAUGAAAAACCAACCCUGAACUCUGAAGCUCUGAAACAAAAGCGAUUUCCACCAGCUACAGAAAAUUUUCUUUUUCAUUUAGCAGCUGCUGAGCAAAUGCUUAAAAUCUGAUCUGAUGCACUUCUGGACUAUGGACCAACUCCAAAAGCUGUCUUGGAUGUACAAAUAGGAAUACCUGAUUUUUUGUAUGGAAAAAUUAAAAGCGUAAGAGUGAAUGCCAUAUUUACCUUGAUGUAAUGCAGAAUAUUGGAGCUUGACCUGGAGCAUCCAGAGGUAUAUCUGAUAACAUUCCUGUUGUCACCUUUCCCCAACUGUAACUUUGUGUGUAUGGUUCUUGCAUUUCAUGUUACAACAAGGGUGUUUAUACACGUAGCGUGGGCUCGUACAUCCAGGCUGUGCCAGGUGUUGUAGCAGCCGUUUGUCUUGUGUGUCCCCAGUGACAGACAGCUCUGACUUCUCUCCUUGUGUCUGGAACACAGGGUGCAGCAUGUGUGCUGUAAAGCCAGUGUGUUUUGGAUGUGCCCGUCUGCACAGGGAUGUGCUGAACACAGAGUUGUUCUGAAUGCUCAUUCUGGGCUUCCAGGUAUGUCAGGUUGUCAGAUAUUGCCUUUGCUCUGGACUACCUGAUACCUGGAAAUCCCAAAUAAAUGGACAAGUUCUCUUCUUUCUACUUGAAAGUGUCUAGGUGUAGAAGAAGGCUGUCUGGGAAAAUCUGAUGUGGUAGCCUUAUUAUGUAAAGGAAGAGGUAUUUUAAAGCUCACAUAGGAGUUGAGCACCUCUUUUGGACUCUUGCCUUACAAGUUUUUCCCCUUUCACUCCGUCCCACACCUCUGGUAGAGGGAAAAGAGGACAGGAUUGCUAUAUGUAAACUGGGGCUUUCUGGGAGGCAGCAGACAAGUGCUGCUUUACAGCUGAAGUCAUUUUAGGAGCUGUUGGGGCUCUCUGCUGGGAAGAAUUAAAAUUUGCCUUCCUGUUUGGUUGCAUAGCUCUAACUCAGAAGUUUUGUUUGUUGUUUUUCCAUGGAGCAGCCUGAAACUGAUUUGUAACGUUCUGAGAAGAGCUUAGGUUCUGUGCAGGGGAAUGCUGUGAGCCAGGCAACCUGUCUUCCUCCAGAAAUGUCCACAAAAAUAAAUAAAUUCUGCAGUAGCACUUUGUUAUAAGAAAAAAUAACCUUUUUUUUCUGGCCUUUGUACAGAUGGGCUGUAGCAUGUGGUUUUACCUAGAGAUUUUAUACUGAUAAUUAAAACUGUAGUUCUCAAUA